AGUUGCCAUAAAACCACAGAAGAAGACGAAAUCUCCACAUGUAAACAAGAGCCUCUUGUUUACAAACGAAAACGUGUUUCACCAAUGGAUCCGUUUCGAAACAUGGAUCCCAAUAUCCGCUGCUGGGCUGUGAGAACCGCGGUCCACGAGGCAGCGGCGAUUGGUCAGGCUUCCCGUUUGCAGCAGCUCAUCGAUCGCGGCGCUUCCGUCAACAUCGUGGCGGAGGACUCCAUCACACCCCUGCACGAGGCCUGCGCCCGGGGUCACACCCAGUGCGCCCGGCUACUUCUGGAUGCCGGUGCACAGGUGGAUGCGAGAAACAUGGAUGGCAGCACCCCGCUGUGUGAAGCCUGCUCUGUGGGUAGUUUGGAGUGCGUGACGCUCUUGCUGGAACGAGGCGCCAAAGCCAAUCCUGCCCUCACCUCUCGUACUGCCUCACCUCUCCACGAAGCCUGUAUGGCAGGAAGCUUGGACUGUGUGAAGUUGCUGAUUGCUGAGGGCGCUUCCCUGGAGGCGAAUGACCUCUACCACGGGACCCCGCUGCAUGUAGCUUGUGCUAAUAACCACUUACACUGUGCGAAAGAGCUCCUCAAUGCUGGUGCCAGAGUAAACGCCGCCCGGCUGCACCAGACGGCACUGCACCACGCCGCAAAGAGCGCAAACGUGGAAUUGAUUGAGACCCUCGUGGAGUUCGGCGCCAACAUUUACGCCCGGGAUAGACACAAUAAGAAACCCGUCGACCACGCCUCGCCGGGCUCACCAGUCGCAACCUGCCUGCGCUCUUAUGAGGCCAUGCCCAUGAGCCUGCAGCAACUCAGUAGGUUGGCACUGCGACAGAAGCUGGGCACCAGUGCGCUGAAGGUUGUAGCUCAACUCCAGAUUCCAAAGCUGAUUAUCAGCUACCUGUGCUAUCAGUGACUUGAAGCCUGAAGAGGAUUUCAAUGAUCGUUUCAACAAAUAAGAAAGAAAAAAAAAAAGACUGCAAUCUC